AUGCUUCUCGUAAUGUGUUGGUCAAACAUGAAACGGAAACCGUGGCCUUUCGAUAGAGUGGUUGACUAACCUCAUGAGAUGAAUUGAGGACAUUAGUUUCUGUCUCGUGUUACGUGCACUGUCUAUAGUCACUCAAGCCCCAUGGUACAGUUAACUGAUGGAGCAGUCAAGGCCCUCCCAGUGCUUAGACAUGUAAUCACAACCUGGUUUUGCGUAACCAGCGACUCGGGGAGAAUGAUAAACAAACUUUCUCUGCAGUCGUGCAGUGAUUCUGCACCACCAUGGAAUGUACGUCGAGGGUCUUCCUUGCGGUGGUUGUAAUGCUGAUGGUCUCGCCUCUGCCUUUGUGGGGCAGCAUAAUCAAACAAUUAAUCCAGGAAAACUUGGCGGGGCCGCCGGGGAAUUUCCAGGUGGUGUCGUGGAAGUUCGAUCCGGAUGCUGCAGAUCGGAGACGCGUCGAGUUUGAACAGAAAUACGGUGUGCGUGGUCAGAAGCUGAUUGCUCGCCUGGGACAAGGGUUCGACGGCAAUCAUGAGGAGAGGAAACUGAAACAGAUAGAGAGAGACAAGCGGGCAGGUUAUCCGCAUGUAAAUGAUCCGAACUGAAUGAAUUAUUAUUACUCACGUAACUUUAACAACAGUCAUGACUUUAAGCUGAAACACUCUGAUCGGCUACGGCCCUGUGAUCUUCAUAUGCCAUCGCGUGGAGACAUCGCUUAUAGAAUAAUUACCAUUUACAUUGCUACUUGAAGAAUUACUUUAUGCUAUACAUGCACGUUACUUCCUAGGGUUGUUGGUGCACUUUUACUUUCUUUCACAGGUUAUAAUGCACUUAUUUAUUAUAACCAACAAGUGCUCAUCGUUACACAAAGAAACUCCCUUUUAUGGAAUCCAAAGGUUCAUCACAGAGACCCCCACCCACUAAACCCUAUCUUGAGCUCGUUAAAUCCCAUGUUCUUUCAGAGGACAAUGCCAAUUUAUUCCUCCACCAAGCACCGUCGCUGUGACAUGCGUCUCCGAAAUUUGUGCAUUAAUGUUUUGCAAUCAUAAUACGUUUGUAAACACAUUUACAAAGAGUUCCUUUAAGUCAUUCUUACGUGACGAAGUACGUGUACAUAAACAAAGAACAAAUAUGUGUCAACUAUUAACAUCAGCAUUAAAACUCAGAGCAGGCAACUACCAUGACAGUUGUUAACGAUCUUGCCAGAAGUGUCUUUGUAAACAUAAUUUUCAAAGUCCUGUUUGCAAAAGUCGAUGCUUGUAAUCUAUUUUUAAAAUAAAAUAUUUGAUUAUUAAAUUUUAUUUUAUAUACAUGA